AUGUCUAACUCUUUUUAAACUGUAUCUAAUUAUCCAUUUUGGGUAAAUUAAUUAUAGAAAUUCCCCGAGGAUAGCGCUAUUUUACGCCAUCCUCGGGCAAUUUCUAUACUUUUACAUUGGAACAAAAUAUUCUAUGUAGAGAACUUUAAUAGCCUGAUUAAUCUCCAAAAUUGAAAAAAAAUUACCUACAACUUGCUCUAUUUUUAAAGGUUGAAUAUAAAUGCAAUACUAUAUAAGUAAGGCUCACAUUUUGAAUCAAUAUUAACUUUUCAUUAUAAAGGAUACAAUUUUUUUUAGAAAAAAUUAACCUCUUUUUAAAUUGAGAGAGAUCUUUUUAUUCCAGUCUAAAUGUAGGAGUAAGCGGAAUAAGCAAAAAUCUAAGGCAACAAAAAAUGUACUGAGUAGCUCUCGUCCAAAUACCCCAAGCUUGAUAUCACGCGAAAAUCCUAAUGAUUUUUCGCUACUCAGAGUUUCUGAGGUACCAAUAGAGACUUUCAAAUUUUUUAAUCAAGGAAGUGCAGAAAGCCUGAGGGGAGAAAUCAUUAAUUCAAUCACACAAAUUUAUGGUGAGUACCUAAACGACUACAUUGCUAAAAAGAAAAAACGACUUUCCUCCAAAAAUCCACUGGAACAACGGCAAAGCUACAACCUAGUCAUUGAUCAAGCUUUCAAAUUGAAACUUAGAGAAGCAUUAAAGCACCUAGUAAACCACUCUGCUGGCAUCCGAGAGCUCCACAACUGCUUGUACGAGUCAGUUCACUCCUUCGUCGACUCUCUCAACGGCCAGCUCAUUGAACUCAUUGGCAAGAGCAAAAUGCUUCAGGCUAUUUCCCUAGUGGAAGCCUACCACACACUUCAAAAUGCAUCCAAUGAAAUUGGAAAAAUCGUAAGCUGUCUCUUCGAAGACCGAGAACUUACUUUCGAAAACAUGAACAAGCUGCUCUUCUAUGAAAGAAUCGUAAAAGGCUCAGCUCCGCUAAUAGAACAUAUUAAAAAUCAGGACUCCAGGCAUUUUGUAGUCCCAUUGAUACAGAAGAUGGAGAAAGAGUCAAGAUGUGCAGCAAGCACCUUUACUUUAGCUACACCGGCGACGAUUUCUACAAGAGAUUUUAUGAAUGCGUCAGGAACAAUGUGCAAUAUCCCUUCAGAUGACUCAUUUAGUAGCUUUGAAGGAGAAAACCAAGCAGAUCCGUUGCACACUAUGUCUCUUGAUGAGCUUGUUAAAUAUAUAAACGGGGAGGAAAUCACUGAUAACAAAAAAAAGACUCGAAAAAGUAAAAAAUCAAAAGCAUCAACAGCAGCGACCUCAAGGUCACCUAAAAAUGAAAGCCAUGAAAAUCCCAGUUUUGACCAAGAAAUUGAAAAUUUUAAGCAGAGGCUGGAAAUGUGCAAAAUUUUGCCUAAACGAAUUAAACCUUUAGUAUCACAAGAUUAUGUGGACUCUUUGAGAUCAAAAAUAUAUGCUCUCAAGGAAAAGCAUGAUGCAAGAUAA